AUGGAAGAGGUAAUCGCCAAAAAGAGACCAACGGUAGAAGAACUGGUAGCCUGGAAGGAAAAGUGUAAUGCAAUAUCACUAGGUCAGAGAAUUCCAAACAAACAUAAGGAUCCUGGAAUGGUCACAAUAUCAUGCAUAAUAAAAGAGAGAAUGUUCAAAAAGGUACUAAUUGAUUCUGGAGCUAGUGUGAGUCUGAUGCCAUUAUCAAUCUAUCACAAGUUGGGCAUUAUGAACGUCAGUAGUACAAGGAAAAAUCUGAAGUUUGCAGAUCACUCGAUAAAGAAUGCAUAUGGGAUGGCAGAAGACGUGCUGGUGACAAUAGGGGAAUUGAGUUUUCCUGUUGAUUUUGUGAUCAUAGACAUACAUGAAGAUGAAGAGACACCUAUCGUUCUUGGUCGACCAUUCACGCGGACAAGUCGAUGCAAUCUCGACAUGGACCAAGGCACAUUAACUUUAAAAGUUCAUGAUGAUGAAAUAACAUUGAAUGAUAUUGAAAAAAGGAAGCUAGAGGUAGAAAAAGAACAUCACUAUCAAGUAGGCAUGAUCAGGACAAAUGUGAGAAAGCAAAGUAACAUACCAACAUCAGAAAAAGAUACAAGAAUGUCUUCUCAACUAUCACCACCUCCAUUAGCAACUCCGAAUGAAAAAAUUCCUAGUUCCAGGCCAAAAUAA